GGUGAAUGACUCUGGACCCCAAUGACCAGCCAUGUCCAACAUAGAUCGCAGCAGAUCCUCCAGCUUUAGCAUUUGGACAGACAGGCUCUCACCAUGAGGCCAGGUCUUAUUCUACUGGCACUGGCGGUGCUUUCUGCUACAUGUCACUCACAAGAGUCAUGUGUGAACCGCUGUGAGUAUGGCUUUGAUGCUCGGAAGACUUGCCAGUGUGACUCCAUGUGCAGAUACUACAAGAGCUGCUGUUCGGAUUACGAGACCGCCUGUCGUAUGCACAUCCGUGGAGACACAUUUGUGUUUGCUGAGGAUGACGAUGAGCAGAUGAACACCACUGAGGGCACAGGGAGGGCCCAAUCACGAGAGAGGCAACCAGCCCCCUUCAGCACUCCCAUGGCUGCCACAGAAGCAGGAACAGAAGCAGCCAGCACAGCAGGCACCACGCCACGCCCCACACACGACUCCCCUGAGAGUGCAGAACAUAUUCUUGCCACCGUUGUUCCUCCAAUUACCACUGAUGAUCCAAAUACCACUAUUGUAGCUGCGCCAAGAACCACCGAUGUUCCAGAUAUCAAUCAUAUAACUGCGCCAAGCACCACCGAAGUUUCAGAUAUCAAUCAUAUAACUACGCCAAGCACCACUGAGGCUCCAAGUAUCACUGCCACGGUGCCAGGUACCACUGACAUGUUUACCAGCACUGAUCAUGACCGAACCAGUCCCUCUGCUGCUGCCAUCACAGAGAUCCCACCUACUGAGCAAGAAACUCCAACUCCUGAGCCAAAGCCAACACAUGCGCUAGAUCCGGAUGCGAAUGCUUGUAGUGGCAGAGCCUUUGAUGCCUUCUUGCAACUAAAGAAUGGCACAAUCUUUGCAUUCAGAGGGGAGUACUUCUUUGGGCUGGAUGACAAAGCACUGCUGCCAGGCUACCCCAGACUCAUCAAGGAUGUGUGGGGAAUAUCUGGACCCAUAGAUGCUGCCUUCACCCGCAUCAACUGCCAGGGCAAAACAUACAUCUUCAAGGGAAAUAAAUACUGGCGGUUUGAAGAUGAGGUGUUGGAUGAUGACUACCCGCGAGACCUCACUGUAGGGUUUGAGAAGAUACCUGAUGAUAUAGAUGCUGCCUUUUCUACCCCUGCACAUGGCCACCAUGGCAAAGAGAAAGUCUACUUUUUCAAAGGCGAUCAAUAUUACCAGUAUGAGUUCAAACAUCAGCCAACUCACGAGGAAUGCAUACAGAUGUCCUUAAGAUCUCCCUCUGUGCCUUUCCUUCAGUACACCAACAUGUACUAUGACAGCUGGGAUGGGCUUUACAGCACCCUCUUUGAAGGAUUCCCAGGGCACCACCAUGGUCCCCACUUCAUUAACAAGGACUGGAAAGGGCUCAAAGCCCCGAUCGAUGGCGUGAUGGCGGGGAGGCUCUAUAUCGCCCCGCGACCCCCAGGAAGGCAGUACCCCAACAGGAACAACAACCAGCAGCAGUGGGGGCAGGACUGGGACCAGCAGUGGGUGCCCCGGCGCAGGCAGAACCGCUCCCCGCAGUGGCAGCCCAUGGCCCAGUGGGGGGCGAACAUCGGGAGGGAGUUCGCUGAGCGAGGGAUGAACAUCGGGAGGGAGUUCGCUGAGCGAGGGAUGAACAUCGGGAGGGAGUCCAUGGGGAGGGGCCGCGAUGACCGCUUGCGAGACAUGGAGGACCGUCGGCGAGACGAAGCGGAUCGUCGGCGAGACGAAGAGGAUCGUCAGAGGGACAGGUGGAGAGACGACCACAGGAGACGAUAUGACUAUGAUUACCGACACGACCCUCGGGAGGACUACUUCCUCGACAUGUUGCGGAAGAGUCAGCCGGUACAAAGUGUGUACUUCUUCAAAGGAGAUAAGUACUACAGAGUGGAUCUGCAGUCUAAAAGAGUUGACCCAGCAAGUCCUCCAUACCCAAGGUCCAUUGGCAAAUACUGGCUUGGGUGUAAGGAGAAACCUGGUGCAGAGAAGAAGUGAGCCCGAAGAGGGAAGAUUACCACACAUCAAAGACUACAUCACUGACAAAUAAAGUGAUCGAAUGUACCCUU